GCCCCGCCCCGCCAGAGACGGGCGCCAGGUACGUGCUGCGGCCCGGCCCCGGGGGCGGGAGGGGGCGCGAGCGGCCUCGGCCCCGCCGACGCCGGCCUCACGGGGCCGCCACGCCGACGGGAGGAUUGGGCCCCUGUCUAACGCGUGGGCCGCCGGGCCUGGGCUGCCGGACCGCCGCGCGGUGGAGGGCGGGAGCGGCCGCGGCGGUCGGGCUGCCCGUACUUCCAUGGCGCGGCGUGCGGCCGUGGGACGCCGCUGGCAGCGGGCGGGUGCAGCACCCGCCCCGAGCAGCCCGGGUACGCUGCUCAGCCGGCCCGCCGCUACCGGGCUGGUCCCCGGGAGCGGGCUGCGGCAGCCCGGAACGGGCCCUUGCCACGCCGCACGGGGCGUGUUUUUGUCCAGAAUGCACGAUCAUAACCGUUACUGCAAGCUUCUGGUAUUUGGUGCUCUCCCUCUUUACAGCAGCUUUCUGUCGUUCCUUUUGCAAGUUUUCCUUGCAGUCACCAACUGGAGGAAGUCCCCAGGUGAACUCAUGUCUUCGGACCUACUGCAAAGCCAGGUGCAAGUGGUCACUGCCGCUCAGGGCUUUGCUCUCCUGGCAAUGUGAGGCUGAGAACUUCUUUCUGGAUGGAGGUUUCAUAGAGUUGGCUGAGCACCUUGGGAACCUUCAUCAAGUCUUUGUCAUUUCUGAGUUGUACAGACUUUUCCAUACUUGGCACUGGCAAGGCCGCCCCUCAAAGACUGUGUGCAGUUUUGGGCCCCUCACUAAAAGAAAGACAUUGACACCCUGGAGCGUGUUCAGAGAAAGGCAGAGAAGCUGUGAGGGGUCUUACGGGGAGUGGCUGAGGGAGCUGAGAUUGUUCAGCAUGGGGAAGAGGAGGCUCAGGGGAGACCUCAUUGCCAUUUCCAGUGACCUGACAGGAGUUUAUGAUGCGGUGGACGUUGGCCUAUUCUCCAGGGUAGUGGUGAUAGGAUGGGAUGGAAUGGCCUCGAGUUGCUCCAGGAGAGAUUUGGGUUGGAUAUUUGAAAAACUUUCUUCACUGAAGGAGUAGUGGUGCAGUGGCACAGGCUGCCCAGGGAGGUGGUGGAGUCACCAUCCCUGGAGAUGUUCAAGAAACUUGUGGUUAUGGCGCUGAGGGAUGUGGUCAGUGGGCAUGGUGAAGUUGGGUUGGGGAUGAACUAAAUGAUCUUUUCCAACCUUUAUGACUAUGAAACUUAGGGUAGUUAUUAUUUUAAAAGAUCACCGUUGCUAAGUUUUGGUUUGUCAGUUAGGUAACUCAGAGUUUGUUGUUACAAAAGAUGUGCUGUUACACAUCUCAACAAAUGCAUACAGUACCUGUUGAAAUGUUGGCUUCCCUCCUUGCCUUUCUUAACUCCUCCUUAAUUAACUCUUAACCACAGUGCUGCAUGGGCCCAGCUGCUCAGUCCCACAUAAGCCAAAUGGACGUCCUCAAAAAGAGCAGCAUAAACCUUACUGCAUUUCCCUGAAAUGUUUUUGGAUAAGGAGAUUGUCAUUUGAAGAUAGAUGCACUUUUAUUUUAAUGUUUUAAAUCUGCUGACAGUUUGGGUAAUGAUGGCUCAACUCCAGCAAGGAGUUCCUGAUGAAAAAGAAAAGACUACUGCAUUAAAGGAUUUAUUGUCUAGAAUAGACUUGGAUGAACUGAUGAAAAAAGAUGAGCCACCACUUGAAUUUCCUGAUACUCUGGAAGGAUUUGAGUACAGCUUUAAUGAAAAAGGGCAAUUAAGACAUGCAAAAACUGGUGAGCCCUUUGUUUUUAAUUAUCGUGAAGACCUGCAUAGAUGGAACCAGAAACGCUAUGAAGCUCUUGGAGAGAUUAUUACUAAACAUGUUUAUGGACUACUGGAAAAGGAAUGCCACUUGAAAAAAGUAACUCUCCCUGUUGAUGCUACUGAGAAUGAACCAAAAAGCUUUAUCUUUAUGAGUGAAGAUGCGUUAACAAAUCCUGACAAACUGUUGGUCCUAAUUCACGGUAAUGGCGUUGUCAGAGCAGGUCAGUGGGCUAGGAGACUUAUCAUUAAUGAAGAUCUGGACAGUGGCACACAGAUACCAUAUAUAAAGAAAGCUACUGAGGAAGGCUAUGGAGUAAUAGUACUGAAUCCCAAUGAGAACUAUAUUGAAGUGGAGAAGACAAAAGCCCAAGUACAGCUGUCUUCUGAUAGCUCAGAUGAACCUGCAGAAAAGAGGGAAAGAAAAGAUAAAAUCCAGAAGGAAACAAAGAAACGACGUGACUUCUAUGAGAAGUAUCGAAAUCCACAAAAAGAGAAAGAAACAAUGCAGAUGUAUAUUAGAGAUAAUGGAUCUCCAGAAGAACAUGCAAUUUAUGUUUGGGACCAUUUUAUUUCCCAGUCAGCAGCAGAGAACGUGUUUUUUGUUGCUCACAGUUAUGGAGGACUUGCAUUUGUAGAGCUGAUGAUUCAGCGAGAGACAGAAGUAAAGAAUAAGGUAACUGCUGUGGCGUUGACAGACUCUGUUCACAAUGUGUGGCAUCAAGAAGCUGGCAAAACUAUUCGAGAGUGGAUGCGAGAGAACUGUUGUAACUGGGUGUCUAGCUCUGAGCCACUGGACACAUCUGUGGAGUCCAUGCUGCCCGACUGCCCCCGAGUCUCUGCAGGCACGGAGCGUCACGAACUGACUUCCUGGAAGAGUUUUCCAUCCAUUUUCAAGUUCUUCAGCGAAGCAAUGGAGGCAAAGAACAGCUCGGUGAAGCCAGCCCCAACGCGGCGCUCCAAUAGGAUAAAAUACGAAGAAUUGUGAAAGGAGGAAGGGGGGGAAGUCUCUUCUCUGCUCGCUCUCUGCAAGGAGUCUCCCAGCCCCUCAUUAGAUUGUUUUCUUCCUAGAGCACAGGGUCGUGACGUAUACAUCUAAAUAACGUUUUGCAUUAUUUCUAGAUGAGUGCAACUGUCAAAGCAAUAUGGGUUCACUGGCUGUGCUUCCUGUGGGCUGUAACUUGGAUUUCGUGCUGCCCAUCAACGUGCAGAUUAAGGCUGACAGUGGUACUGCACAGUGCAGCGUGGUGCAGCUCUAAUUGCCCUGACAUAGCCCUGCCGGGGCUAUGUUUCUAGAUCCAGUAGUCUUCUCUUUCUCGGCGACCGAGUGGGAUCAGCUCUUCAGUCUUUCAUUUUCUGCUGGUAGGAGGGUCAGAGAAGUUUGGUCCAGAUUUAUGGAAAAGCCCCUUUGUUCUAGAGAUUUUCUCCACCUGCCAGAUCAAUGGCAUUAUCUGUGGAUCUUAUCUUCCUUUUGAAAGCUCCACUUAAAAAAGUGGCUAUUCAUUAACUGCCUGGAUCACACUGUGAAAUAUGACAGGAAAAAAAAAAAGAAAAAAAAAAAAAAAAAGGGAAAGGCCACGUUUUCCUGUUAAUUUUGAAAUGCAAAAAAAAAAAAAAAGCUUCCGUUUUUACACGCUGGGUUUCUAAGGACUUUGCCACUGGUGUUUACCCCCGCCCACUCCACGGCUCCCCCUGCGCUGGGUGCCGCUCUGCACUGCAUCAGCUCCACGACAUGCCCGACGGCGUGCCCAGCCUGUGAGCACGCUAAUUAAGCUCUUUUAGGUUUGAUGAUGCUAAAUUGAAGUGAUCUUUUCUGCAGUGGCCGUGCCCACCUCGCCUCUGAUGUGGUUAGCGAUGAGGAGGUGAAGCACCACGCUGCCCGGGAGUUUGGGACUCCCCCGCCUCACCCCUCCCCUGUGAUGCUCCCACACCUAGGGGCGGGGUCUGGGGGUGUACCGAGGUUGUGCCCCUGGAGGGUUCACGGGGAGACCCAGUUUUGAACCGAAAUGGUUCUGCUCUCCAUGACUCUAGGAAAACCUCGAUCUUGCAUUGUCAGCCGCAGCUUGUGCGGGUUUUGCGCUGCGGAUUCCCACGGCGACCGGCAGCGGGGGGAGGUGGGGAGAGGGGCUCGGCCCGCUCCUCUUAGGGAUGCGGAGACGAAGAACAUCUUCUACAUUCCGAGGAGGAGGAGGAGCGGAAGGCCAGGGAAGUUUGUCUCCCAGCCGCCGUCCGACGCCAGUGGAGGGGCGAAUUGCCAAACGUCUCGGGAAUUAAUUUCUGUUUUUAAGUGUCAAUAAGAAAUGAAGUGUACUAAUUUUUCUACUUCUAACAAUUGCCCAGUUCUUACGGCUUUUCCUUACCGUGCCUUCUUCUGGCUUGUGCUUCCACACGGAUCUGUAAAGCACAGCGAACUCCCCACGACCAAAAAUAAAGAUGCUCAUAUUCCA